AUGGGCCUUCAUGGUUUUCUUUUCCGCACAGGAAAUUUGAAACAUCCCAAUGUGGUGGAGGUGAUUGGAGUGUCAACGAUCGACAAGCCGAUGAUAUGCAUCAUGGAAUAUAUGGUUAAUGGGGACUUGCGAUCAUACAUGAGUAAAAUGGAAAAUGUCGAUAGUCUCUAUUGCAUUUCUGUGGCAACGCAGUUGGCUGCUGGUCUGGCUUAUUUAGAGUCAUGCAAUUUCGUUCACAGAGAUAUUGCGGCCCGAAAUUGCUUAGUAGAUGAGGAGGGGAAUGUGAAAAUUGCUGAUUUUGGAAUGGCACGAAGUCUAUACUCAAAUGAUUACUAUCGAGUCGAAGGGCAAUUCGUUCUGCCAAUUCGAUGGAUGGCAUGGGAGAGUCUGCUUCUGUUAGAGUUUGAGCCAUUGCUCACUCGCUUGCAAUUUCGAGCUUUAAGUUGGGGCCAUUCUCCAUUCCAUUCUGUCGGUGAUAUUAAAGGCGGAUCAUAG